AUGAUAUUCGCUGAUGCCAACGACAAGGAUUCAAUCGAGAUGAUGCUUGCCGAUGGUCUGAUCAAGUGUUUGCACAACACUUGCUUCAGCUUCUACCCCUCGAUGGAUUUGGUGCGCCAACACAUACUUCGGAAGGGUGGAGACCAUCAAUGUCCAGACCGUCACAGCUGUCCAGGUUGUUUGCGCAGUGACAUUUUGAUGACAAGGCAAACACUCCCCAAUACCAUCCCUACCAUCAAAUCUCUGGUCUGUCUGCACGAUGGCUGCUCUAAAGAGUACGAGUUGUUUGGUCUUUUACAUCAACAUUGCAAGACAGCACAUCAAUGUCGAUCGUACGCAAGCUGUCUCAAUGAACAACGCUACCGAUCAAAGAGCUUCACCGCUGAAGACGAUGACACCGAGUCGAUCAAGAUGUUGGUGGCCAAAGGUUACACCAAGUGUCCACAUUCAGAAUGCAUCACCUACCUCAAGAAAAGGAAGACAUUCAAUAAUCACGCCAAAUUCUGUCACCCGGGUGAUAGAUCGAGGCUAUUAUCAUUGUGGCCACCAACAAAGCGCAAGCGAUCCACUGUCGAAGACGAGGAUCAGUAUGAAGAAGAGGAUGAAGAUGAUGAAGAUGAGGAGGAAGUCGAUCUAGAUGAUGAAGAUGUGUCCCCCAUCUCUACGACAUUAUCGACCAACCAGGUACCAGAAUCAAAUGACAAGAUCAAGUGUCUACACUCCAACUGCGACAAAUUGUUCAAUGCGAGAUACAUAAUGAUGCAGCACAACCGAAAGGAACACCAAUGUACCGACCAUCAGAAUUGUCCAGGAUGCGUGUUCCGACGACUAUGGGCUCCGACCAUUGGUGACGAUCCCUUGUCCAGGUUCAAGUGUCAACACGAGGCAUGUUCAUCCUCUCAAAGGUCGUAUAGAGUAUUGCGCGGUCACUGCCGAUCAGAACACAAAUGCACUUGGAGAUACGCAGCAUGUCCAAACUAUCAGACCCAUCAAAAGACUGCUUUCUUUGCCGAUCCUGAUGACACUGAAUCAAUAUCAAUGUUGACGGCAAGGGGUUUUCUUCAAUGUCCACACACAUCGUGUGGCAACUUCAUGGCUACUCGCAAAUCCAGGAUUCAUCACCUGGCAAAGGAACAUCAAUGUCCGGAUCCAGUGAGUUGUCAAGGAUGUAUUGAUCGCAUCCAGCAUCGCCCAAGACGCUCGGCAACAGGCCCCAAUGACAACGAGCAAGAGACGGGCCAGUACAAAUGUCUGCAUGAUGAUGGUGACUGCACCAAGAGCUACAUCACCUCGGCGGGCAUGUAUCUUCAUUGCAAGAAGAAGCAUGCGUGCAACGCCACAUAUGGAGCAUGUCCAAACACUCGAGAAUACCGCACUCAGAAGCACUAUGCCACACACGACGACACUCAAUCAAUCGAAAGAUUCUUGGCUGAUGGAUACCUCAGGUGUGAUCAUUCAGAGUGCAUCUACUUCUUCAAAACUGAUGGCGCCAAACAUAUGCACAUGUAUCAAAGGCACUUCUGUUCGGAUCCACAUCAUUGCAAGGCAUGUGUUGAGCGCAACUUCCACAUCGACAAUGGUCAUGACAAUGACAAUGACGACGAAGAGGACAUCGAUAAUGGAGGUAAAAGACGAUUGUUUGUAUGGCAGCGCAAGAUCAUCAGUGGGAUGGCGGUACCCGGUGGUAGUCCCAAGAGGAACGUUACCAUUCGACCGACGACGACUACAACAACCAAGCCUAGUCAAGUUGGAGUCUGGAAUGAGAGUAUGUUCAACCUGAUCAAAUGUCCACACAAUGGAUGCGAAGUGCAUGGUCAGACGAUGGCCAUCAACAAACAUCUUCUUCAGAAACACACUGGUUGCUCCUCAAUGUCACAGCAACAUUGUGAUGGUUGCCAGUUGUCUCAUCACAGUGAUCAUCAUCAUUGGUUGCUCGUGUGA